AUAUAGAUUGUGUUGAUUGUGUUCUGACCUCCGUCCAGCAGGGGGCGGCCGGCUGCCGUCUCUCAGCUCCUCCUGUCGUAAACGCUGCCGUCAGUGAACAGACUGUCGUAAACCAUAACAACCACAGAGCGCUCUUCAGCUGGACGUGUCCUCUGCUCCGCUCCUGGAGUUUUCACAGUUUUUACUGUUUGUCUUUACUCAAACUUUAUUUCAGUAAAAUGUCGUCCUGUGUGCAGCGGCUCGUGUCUGACGUCAUGGACGAGUUCACGGUGACCGCGAGGACUGAAAUCUGCCAGAGACUGAGACCGGGAGACGAGGAGGAGCUGAAGGCUGUGGUGAAGAGACUCUGUGAGGCUCUGCUGCAGGAGCUGAGGAGGCUGCUGGAGGAGGAGCAGGAGGAGAAGCAGCAGGAGAAGCAGCAGGAGAAUCAGCUGGAGAAUCAGCAGGAGGAGCACGUCAGUUCAUCACAGCCUCAGCCAGACUCCGCCCCCCCUGCAGCAGAUGCGGUGAACGGCCAAUCAGAUCCUCCUACAGAUGACGUCGUCCAAUCAGAACGAACCUUCAGCUGCAGCGUCUGCAGCAGCAGCUUCUCCAGACGGACCAACCUGGCGGCUCACCUGCGGGUCCACAGCAGAGAGCGGCCCUUCACCUGUCCGGUCUGUGGGAAAGGCUUCUCGGCCCGCAGCAGCGUCAGAGUCCAUCAGCGGACCGUCCACAACAAGCAGCGGCCGUUCAGGUGUUCUCACUGCGGGAAGGUGUUCGGCACCCGCAGCCACCUGCGGACGCACCAGAAGUCCAGCGGCUUCCCGCUCCAGUGUUCGGUGUGCGGAGAGACGCUGGCGGCGAGAUGCAGCCUCAGACAGCACCGCCUCACCUGUCAGAGGACAGACAGGAAGUUUAGGUGUGCAGAGUGCGGGAAGGAGUUCUCCAAACACAGUUACCUGUCGGCUCACCGCAGAGUCCACCUGAGCGACAAACCCUUUAAAUGUCCGGUCUGUGAGAGAGGGUUCACCACACGCCGCGGGCUCCACGUCCACCAGCUGUCGGUCCACAGAGGCCUGAAGCCGUUCACCUGCAGCGUCUGCAGGAGGGCGUUCAGCCAGCAGAGCGGCCUCAGAGCUCACCUGAGGACGCACACAGGUGAGCGGCCGCACACCUGCGAGCAGUGCGGGAACAGUUUCUCCAGCAGGAGCAGCCUGUCGGUCCACCGCCGUGUCCACACCGGAGAGAAGGCGUUCAGCUGCGACACCUGCGGGAAGAGCUUCAGCGUGUCCGCCAACCUGUGCCGCCACCGCCUCGUGCACUCGGGCCGCCGGGCGUUCAGCUGCGACGUGUGCGGCCGCAGCUUCUCGCAGGCCGGACACCUGAAGGUGCACCGCGCCGUGCACAGUGACACGUGGGCGUUCAUCUGCAACGCCUGUGGCAAGGGCUUCAGACAGCGCAGCGCGCUGCUGCUGCACGAGAGGAGCCACAGCGGUGUCAAACCGCACAGCUGCGGCGACUGCGGGAGAAACUUCUCCACGUCCUCGUCACUGAAACGCCACCAGGUGGCGCACAGCGGGCAGAAAGCGCACACCUGCGACGAGUGCGGGAAGAGCUUCACCAGCGCCCAGGUCCUGAAGACGCACCUGCAGCUGCACGGCGGCAGCAAACCGUUUUCCUGUGACGUGUGCGGCCGCAGCUACAGCUCGCUGAGCUACCUGAAGACGCACCGACGCAGCCACUCGGAGGGGAAACCGUUCGGCUGCGCUCAGUGCGACAAAACUUUCUCCACGCAGGCGAGCGCCAACCUGCACCAGCGCACACACAGCGGAGAGAAACCGUUCGUCUGCGAGGUCUGUGGGAAGAACUUCAGCGUGUCGCAGAACCUCGUCAGACACAAACGCGUUCACAGCGGAGAGAAACCGUUUGAAUGCGGCGUCUGCGGGAAGAGGUUCAGUCAGAACAACAACCUGAAGAGUCACCAGCUGGUUCACACCGGACAGAAACCGUUCAGCUGCUCCGCCUGCGGCCGCAGCUUCACCUCCAUGAGGAGCCUCAGGGAGCACAGGUGUGGAGGAGACACAGUCCUGCAGCUGGACAGACGAGGUCCAGACCCUCCUGGCACCAAGUCCCAGACCUCUCAGGGGUCUUAGACCCUCAGUCUGGAGGAGGUCUUUAGCUGUACCUGGUCCUGGUUGAAGUUCUCUCAGAUACAGACUGAGAGUUUGUUUUAAGACUCGAAGCUCAGUGUUGAUCAAGGUGCAGCAGGUGAGGAUGGAGAGAGAGAGAGAGAGAGAGAGAGAGAGAGAGAGAGAGAGAGAGAGGGAGCGCCCUCUGGUGGAGCAGCUCUGAAUGGUUUUUACACUGGCUCAUUCUCUGCUCAGAGCAAAGAGAAUUUUUUUUCUGUUGUUAAAAAUGAUUGAAUGUUUUUGUUCUGAUGAGCUAAGCUUCAAAUAAAACACGUCAACCUGUU